GAUCGGCAGUGUCUAUGAGCUCACCAACAGUGGUGCAACCCCGUAAAUCCACUCUUCAAAUGCCAGUGGCUAUACCUCCAAUUGAUCCUUCUACCAAUAGAAGUAGAGGCAGGUUUCCAUCAGGUAUUAGGCAACUUAACUCAAAAGACACAGGCUAUCAGCGUGAAGUUUCUGCACUACGAGAUGAAAUCGAUAUGUUGGAAGAAGAGAAUGAAAUUAUAAUAGAAAAGCUAAGACAUGCAGAGAAAAGACGUGAGGAAGCAGAGGCUAGAGCAAGGGAGCUUGAGAAAAAGGUUGCUUCUCUUGGUGAAGGUGUAUCCCAGGAAGCCUUGAGAAGGAGAGAAGCUGCUUUGCGUCAAAGAGAGGUUGCUUUCAAGGCUGCAAAACAAACACAGGAUCGGAGAGAUGCAGAUAUGAAAGUCCUUCGUGUGGAAAUUCGGAACCUAAAAGAUGAUGCUGCAGCAGCUAUAGAACAACAGCAAGAAGCUGAAGCUGAAGUAAAGGCUCUGAAUACAAUGACACAGAGAAUGAUUUUUACCCAAGAAGAAAUGGAGGUAGUUGUUCUAAAAAGAUGCUGGCUUGCUCGCUACUGGGGUCUUGCAGUAAAACUUGGUAUAUGUGCAGAUAUAGCACUGUCCAAGCAUGAAUAUUGGUCUUCUCUAGCUCCUCUUCCUUUUGAAUUUGUCACUUCUUCUGGACAGAAGGCUAAGAAGGAAUCUUGGAACAAAAGUGAGUGUGCUGAUGAUUCAGAUAGGAACAAUCCUGUUCGUGAUUUGAGUGAUCUCACUGGGGAAGGAAACAUCGAAAGCAUGCUUUCUGUUGAGAUGGGUUUGAGGGAGCUUUCUUCACUACAGGUUGAGGAUGCUGUUGUGCUUGCAUUAGCCCAAUAUAGGAGCCCACAUUUUAUUCGGCAGUCCAUUUCAGAGUUAAGUGACGAGGAAACAGAAGAUGUUCUUUUCAAAGAGGCUUGGUUAACUUAUUUUUGGAGAAGAGCUUUAGUCCAUGGUGUGGAAGAAGAUGUUGCAGAAGAGCGGCUUCAGUUUUGGAUUAGCCGCAGUGAGCAGUCACCAACUUCACUUGAUGCUGUCAACGUUGAGCGAGGUUUGUUGGAGUUGAGGAAGCUGGGAAUAGAACAGCAACUUUGGGAAGUUUCUCGGAAAGAAAUUGAUCCGCGUCCAGCGUUAGCACUUGCCAAUCAUAAACUUUCCACCGAGUCGGAAGCAUUAUCCUGAAGUGGGAGUCCUUCAUUUGUGGAUUGAUUCUUUGUCUUAUGUGCAUAUUAUUGGUUUCU